GAGAUGGAUAUAAGAUUUUUCAUAAUUUAGGUAUAUAAGUUAAAUAGGAAAAGUAAUUGCAUGGUUAUAAAAAACGUAGAACCAAAUGGGAAAGGAGCGGAAAGAGAGAAGAGGGUGACGGUCAUCACAACGCCAACGUACGGACAAAAACGCCUGCUCUUUCCCUUCCCUUCUCUUCGCUUUGCUUUCUCAUUUUUUUAGUCUUUCUUUUGAAUAUCUGUUUAUCAACUUUCUCUUCAGUUUCAAAUUCAAUUCUUCAUAUGCAUAUGCAUGUAUAUAUAUACACACGUCUUCCAUCUCUGUAUCUCAUCUCAUUCUCAUUCUCAUGGCUCCUCUCUCCUAUUCUUCUUCAAAGCCCAUCUCUUCAUCUUAUCAAGCCCUUAAUUAUCGUCUUCUCUUGCUUUUGACUCUCCUUCCAUUAACCGUUGCCUUCUUUGCUUUUAUUCUCCAAUGGCAAGGUGGUCUCAUUGACCCCCUUCUUUCGUCUCCUGAUCCUUUCCAGUUUCCUGGCAUGGACUAUCCUGGAUCAAACUCUCGCCCCCAUCGGCGCUCCGUUUCCGAUUGCGUCGAUGUUUUGGGUCAGAGCCGGUCCCCGGCUUUCCCUUAUUUUAAGGAUUGGAAUUUUGAAUUCGGCUCGAAUCUCAGGCCAAAGAUAUGUAUUGUUUCAAGUACUGCUGCAGGCCUAGAACAGAUAUUACCAUGGAUAUUUUUUCACAAGGUUAUUGGAGUUUCAACCUUUUUCCUUUUUGUUGAAGGGAAGGCUGCCUCUCCCGUUGUGUCCAGAGUCCUAGAAUCGAUUCCAGGGGUGGAAGUGAUAUACCGAACAAAAGAAUUAGAGGAACAACAAGCUAAAAGUCGGAUCUGGAAUGAGACUUGGCUGGCAAAGUUCUUCUACAAACCAUGUAAUCAUGAGUUGUUUGUGAAGCAGACUCUUAACAUGGAAAUGGCUAUUGUAAUGUCAAGGGAUGCUGGCAUGGAUUGGAUUAUUCAUCUUGACACUGAUGAGCUUAUACAUCCCUCCAGUGCUCGUGAGUACUCUGUCAGACAAUUACUGGCAGACUUGCCUGAAGAUGUUGAUAUGGUUGUCUUCCCAAAUUAUGAAAGCUGUGUUGAGCGGGAUGAUAUAAUUGAACCUUUUACUGAGGUCUCAAUGUUCAAGAAGAACUUUGAUCAUCUUCCUAUAGAAGCCUAUCUUGGUAACUACAGACGGGCAAUCCGUGGUAACCCAAACUACUUUUUAACCUAUGGAAAUGGGAAAGCAGCUGCUCGUGUUCAAGAUCAUCUUCGUCCUCAUGGUGCACAUAGAUGGCAUAACUACAUGAAGGCACCAAAGGAGAUCAAAUUGGAUGAGGCUGCCGUUCUGCAUUAUACAUACACCAAAUUUUCUGACCUCACUUCAAGGCGUGAUCGAUGUGGCUGCAAGCCUACGAAGGAGGAUGUUAAAAAAUGUUUCAUGUUAGAAUUUGAUAGAGCUGCAUUCAUAAUUGCUUCAACUGCAACGGAGGAGGAAAUGCUUCGCUGGUACCGUCACCAUGUGGUGUGGACUAAUAAAGCAUUGAGCUUGAAACUUUUGAAGAGGGGCAUUUUAACUCGGAUUUAUACUCCCAUGGCCAUAAUUCAAGGACUUAGGGAAUCUGGUGUUUUUGGCUCUGUUUUACAGUCAGCACAGACACUCUCCAAGGACAAGUUCUUGUCGUCUGUUGAGAGUAGCAACUUUUCUAGCGUAGAUAAACAGAUUGGUGUCAAAGAAUCUCAGGCAACUGCCAGAAGGAUCUUGGAUAUCAAUGACAACUUUUCUGGUGGUUCAGCAAUCCAACCACUUUCUCCUCCAGUCCCGGACGAUUUUCACAUUGGAAUAUCAUGAGGGAUUAAAUUCAGUGAUUACUGCCUGCCUCAUUGUUCCUGCAAGGAGUUAUUGAGAUUUGAGUUGAAAUUGGAUACGUUAGACAACUUGAAGUAAAUGAGACAGCAGUUACUGGAAGCACCAACAUACUUGGCUUUGUUGGGCUAUUCCCGAAGGCGAUCAUUACCGAAGUUGUGCUGUACAUUCAGGUUAAAUCACAGUAGAUUAUAUAGUGAAAAGGCGUAGAGUGGCAUUUUGUUUUGAUAUACAUAUACUUUCCCGAAUGAUGCCUAGGCUAGCCGCUCAUUGUUAACCAUACUACUUAGUCUAAACACAUUGCUGAUCAGGUUAACUUACAGAACAGCACAUUGCUGUUCCAUUCUUUAGCACGAACUUGAAAAGAUUGCAUUCUGGAUUACUUGAUUCCUGUGAAAAAGUUAUUAAUAUUGCAAGCUAUAUUUUAGUAGCUAUUUGAUUUUGUAUGUACUGCAUAUCCCUCACUUCAAUGAUCAAUAUUGCAAGCUUAAUUCAAGUACUCGUCCAGGCUGAGGCAUCAGAUUAAUUUUGCAAGUUUAGAAUUGCAGCCUUCAACUCUGUCCAUUACAUCGCUUAUUUGAAAGAGUAGGAUAC